AUGUCCGUUAAGGGCUCCGCGGAGGCCCGGGUCUCCGCGGAGCUCUCAACCCCCACAAAGGAGGUCGAUGCCUUGCAGCUUGAGGUGACCCGGCUACGAGAGGAGAAGCGCUUGGCCGGGGAGAUAUUCGCAGAGACUAUAUGCAGCUAUGAAGACGAGGUCAGGCAGUUGAAAGAAGCGCUGGCUACAACUCAGCAGCAGCUCAGGGCCGUAGUAGAAGCGGCGCCCCUUGCAGUUGAACGAAGACGGCAAAGAAGUCACUCACAGCCAAGGGAACAGCAUGAGAGGGUAGCAGGAACAGAAGGAAUAGAAGAUGCAACAGCUGCAUCAAGUGGCAACUCUGUGCAGGGCGACAACUCGUCUCCAAGAGACCGCUCCCUGGCUUCUAGUCACUCCAUGAGUGAUAGACAGACGAAGCACAAUCAGACCGCUGAUACAGCAGACCAUGAGACGGCGCCUGUCUGCAGUAGAUCCUUUAGCAGAAAAUGGAUCCGCACCCGUAUUGGUUCUCCGCCAGAAGUAUCCGAGGCCAGUGCGGUUUCCAGGGGGGGAGCUGGCUUUUUCUAUAGGAAACAGACUUCAGAGGCCCUGGAUGGGAGAUCCUUGGAGCGGGAACAGUCACGAGGAAUCUCAAGUCUUCCCCGGAUAUCGAGUCAUCGGUCCUGGAAGACACUCCUCUUUAGCAAGGAGCGCUUCACUAGCGGUAAGAUGGUGCUGACCUCGGACCCUGCUCAAACCCAAGGCAUUUACUCGUGGCGCUAUGGGAGGGCGCGUCGUUUGGGGGGCCCAGAGGGAGGCCUCCAGGGGGCCCCCUCGUCUGCUGUUUGGGUUGACAGUAUCCUGCCGGACUGGGAAACCCAGAGGGAGACGGCAGCCUUUGAGGUUAUUUUACAGCUUGGAGUGCCACAUGAUGUUCGUGGAGAGGUGUGGAAAAGGGCAAUCGGCGACCAGAUGCGUCUGACCCCUAAGUUUUACGAGUUACUGGUGGCUCGUAUGGACACAGCUAGGAGGCACUUACUAAGAACCAACAGCAAGUAUAGAGAGAGAAUUGAGUACAUAGGGGGUUCCACGAUGCCCGCUAGCACGCAUGCUCAAGAGGCAGAAUCAGGGGCUCAUCAGCAACCCACAGAGGCUAGGACAGUGCAAAAUAGCAAAGUGUGCAGCCUGUGCGGAUCCCGUACAGAUGGACCGUCUGAAACUAAUUUACCCAGCAGCGGUACUGAAGGCAGUAGGAGCAGUGACAAGGCCGAAAGCAGCGAUUGUAUUGGGAGAGACUGUUUCAUGUGGGAAGGAGAGGUUUUCACCUCUUUCCUCGCCAUUUCCGCUGACCUGCACCGCACCCUUCCCCGUCUAGGGCUAUUCAGCUCACGGCCCACUACGGGCUGGAGCAAGCCAAAUGCAGAAGCAGCGCCAAAUCCUGCUCCUGAUUUAUCUGAUUCUUUGUCGACCCCAAUGGGUUCGACACUCCGAGCUCAUUCACUUGAGUUCGCAGUACCAUCAGAUGCAGCACGUCCGACACCUGAGGAAGCACGGGCAGAUGAUAAGGACAGCAGCAACAACUCCAGCUGCAAUAGCUGGGGCGAGAAUGCGGAUGCUGUAGACUUGUGUGCUUCAGAAGGCCGUUCCUCUGCUACAGAGGAUGUCCGAAGUUCAUCGUUCCCGUGUUGUGAAGGCGGCCAAGGGACCCAAAGACCCCUCCAGGGCCUCAGUCCUGAGCGCAGGGCUGCUGCAGCUCCUCCUGACUCUCAAGCGGUGGCUCCGGUGCCAUUUGGAAUGGCCGGGGGAGAGAAGAUGGAAACAUUCUUGCAGACAGUAUUAGAGGCCUAUGUGAUGCUUAGGCCUGAUUUAGGUUAUGUUCAAGGGAUGGCUUUCAUCGCCGCGACUCUUUUGUUGUACAUGGAUGAAUAUUCUGCCUUUGUCUGCUUUGCAAAUCUGAUGUUGCGCCGCUCACUACAUGCAUUUUACACCUUCGACAUGCCAGUUGUGGAGAUUUACUUCCGGACUUUUGAUGCCUUGCUGGAGGAGAGGCAUCCCCAGUUGCUGACCCACUUUGAACAGAUUGGAAUUGAAACAGAUGUCUUCUUAGUCGACUGGAUGUACACCCUUUUCACACGAUGCCUGCCAUUUGAGCUGCUUGGAAGGGUUUGGGAUCUGUUCGUGACGAAAGGAGAUGUUGUGCUCUUCCAGACAUCCUUAGCAAUCGUUUCGUACUUUCAUCAAGAACUGCAAGAGGGUUCAUUAGAUGAAUGCAUGGCCAUUCUGUCACCAUCAACUACAACGAGAUUCCAGGCAAUUCAGACGGACAAGUUCAUAGAGUUGCUAUUUGCCAUCAGAAUUCUCCCGCAGAGGUUGGAGGCCCUGAUGUGCCAGGUGCAGAAAACCCUAAAUGAGCGCAGGAAGAAAGUGCAGUGUAUAGUGGGGGCUCCCACACGUUUACUUCUGCGGCACCUGACUAGCGAGGCCCCACCCUCCCGCACUGCCAAGGGAACAGUCUCUGCAGCAGCGGCCGGAGAUGACGCAGUGAAGGUAUUACCCCCAGAAGAAACGGAGCGACAGUCGCAAAGAGGAGACACGGAUGUUGCCUCUGCUCGAUUCCAUAGACGGUCCUUCACCUGGACAGUACAGGGGGCUUCUUGCGAGUAG